CCGGUUGCUCCUCCAGGUGCCCAGGCUUCAGGUGUCCGUCAUGUCUACGGUACCAAGCAAGUCGCUAUACGUCGCCAAGGAUGUCUCGGAUUCCGACUCGGGUUCCGACAAAUUCAGCCCCGCCGAGAGUGUCCUCGAAGUCCCGACGGUGGGCGGCCCCGUCCCGCUGAAGGAGACGCGCUCGUUCUGGCGCAAGCCGAAGCACGAGCUGGACAGCAUCGCGACUCAACCGUCGGUCUUCGACGAUCCCGUCACGCUCGAGCUCUACCGUCCGCCUGCAAUCUGGGAGAACGCGCAUCGUUUCGACCCUUCCGCGCGGUGGACAUGGCGGGAGGAAUACCGCAUUGUCCGGAAGAUUGACCUCCUCAUCAUGGUCUGGGCCUUCAUCAUGUUCUUCAGCCUGGAUCUCGACCGGUCCAACCUGAGUCAAGCGAACACGGACAACUUCCUGGGCGACCUCAAAAUGACGACGAACGACUUCAACUUGGGUAACACUCUGUUCAAGUUGUGCUUCUUGAUCGCCGAGCUACCUUCGCAACUCGUCUCGAAGCGCGUCGGCCCAGAUGUCUGGAUUCCCACUCAGAUGGUCCUUUGGAGCUUCGUCUGCCUUUCUCAGUUCUGGCUGACUGGGAGAGGCAGCUUCCUCGCGACCCGUUGUCUCCUUGGCUUCAUGCAAGGAGGCUUCAUUCCUGAUGUCAUCCUCUACUUAUCGUACUUUUAUACUAAGACCGAGCUGCCCCUUCGCUUGGCCUGGUUCUGGGUGUCGAACUACAUGGCUGAAAUCAUCGGUGCCUUCUUGGCGACCGGUCUCUUACGCCUGCGUGGUGUCGGUGGCAAGGCUGGGUGGCGAUACCUGUUCCUCAUCGAGGGUAUCCUGACGUUAGUCAUUGGUAUUGCGUCGUUCUUUAUGAUGCCCCCGAGCCCGACGCAGACCAAGGCAUGGUUCCGGCCUAAGGGUUGGUUCACUGAGCGCGAGGAGGUCAUCAUGAUCAACCGCGUACUUAGGGACGACCCAACAAAGUCAAACAUGCAUAACCGCCAGGGCCUUACGAUCAAGAAAAUCUGGAACAUUCUUAAGGACUGGCGCAUGUGGCCCAUCUACUCGCUAGGAAUUGUCUUUAUGGUUCCGGUCACAACGCCACAGACUUACCUUACGCUUUCAUUAAGACAUCUGGGAUAUAGCACAACGCAGUCGAACCUCCUCAGUAUUCCCUCCAAGGUCUUGGGCAUGCUCCUUCUACUCCUAUUCUGCUACUUCUCCGAGGUCAUCAACAGUCGAAUCAGCGUCCUCGUCCUGUUACAGCUAUGGGCGCUGCCUCUGCUGAUUGCCCUCUACACCUUCACAUCGCAAACCUCGCAGUGGGCGUACUACGCUGUCGUCACCCUCAUCGCCGGUUUCCCGUAUGUGCAUCCCGUCCAGGUCGCUUGGGCUUCCACGAACUCUGCGGGCGUCGGCACGCGAACGGUCUCUGCGUCCAUAUACAAUAUGUUCGUGCAAGCAGGUGGUAUCGUAGCUGCCAAUAUCUACCGUGAUGACGACAAGCCGCUUUAUAAACGCGGAAACCGGGUCCUCAUCAGCAUCGCUGUCUUGAACCUUGUUCUCUACGGUCUCACGUGGCUCUUCUACCGUGGCAUCAACAAGCGCAGAGACAGGAUAUGGAAUGAGUGGACUGCAAAGGAACAACACGAAUAUCUGGAAACGACCAAAGACGAGGGCAAUGCCAAGAUGAACUUCCGUUUCGCUUACUGAGGGCCACAUUGUUGUAUUGUUAGCUUCAUAGAUCCCCGUACUUGGAUAACAGCACAUUUACUGCUGCCCGAAUCAAUCUGACCGUCUGACCUUG